GGUAGAAAAAUUUAAAUGAGUUUUAAGUUUUCAAAUAUCAGUUAAAAGUGUUAAAUUUUGAGUUGGAAGUAAUAGCACAAAAUUGAAAGCAAUUAAAAACAAACGCUAAUGAAAAGGUGCGGCCUCAGAUAAAAAAACAAAAGCGUAAAAAAAAAGAAAAAGAAUGUGCGUGAAGUAAACCUACGGCCUAAAAAAAUUUCGACCUUUUUCAUCUCCUUUUCCCGUUUUUUUUUUAAAAAAAACUUUCACCACCCAGCCGACGUCUCUCUCCGAUCCGGCGAUUCCUCCGCUCAUCGCAGCGCUGUUUCUGCAUCCGUCUCGCCUCGCCGGAAUUCUCUCUCCCCUCCGCGCGACCUGACCGUUCGUCGGGCUAGCGAGCGUCGCUCCGUCGGCGUGCGUAUCCUUGCUGCCGCGCGUUCCACUCUCUUCUCUUCGGUCUCCGGUGGCCGGGGGAAAGCUGCCGGCGGCGAUGUGAGCUUGCGCAGUGCUGACCAGAACAGCCCUCGCUCCUGCUCGUUCACGCUAGGACUUUGCGCUCCUCGUGUCGCCCGAGCGGUUCUUGCUACGCCAGGGGGGGGGGGGGGGGGGGGCGGGGGGGCGGCGACGCCCGCAACCUGUUCGACGGAAUGUCUCAGCGGAAGAAGGCCAAGGAAUUGCCUGGCUCGACUGGCGGCGACCGUAUAGGGGCCCUCCCGGACGAGGUGCUCCACCACGUGCUCUCCUUCCUACCGGCGCAGGAGGCUGUCCAGACGUGCCUGCUAGCCCGGCGAUGGCUCCACCUCUGGAAGUCUGCCACCGGGCUGCGCAUUGGCGAAGACGAUAUCUAUCUGCGCUGCGUGAAGGACCAGAAGGAGUUUCUCAACCGUCUGCUGCUACUCCGUGAUGGCGCACCUCUCGACACGUGCGUGCUAAGGUUCCGUUGGCUCGUUUGGUUUAGAGACGAGGGCCUCGAUGACACAGUACGGGUGAACCACUGGUUCAGGCAUGCUUUGCUCCACAAGGUUCGGUUCCUCUUGCUCGACGUCGAUAUAUGCUAUCACAGCCCGUUUCUGAUGGAUGAGAUGCCACUUGUCUCCCGACACUUGACGAGGCUACAGCUUAAGAACAUAGGCCUAAACAACAGCUUCCUUAACUUCUCGAGCUGUCCAGCAUUGGAGCAUCUAGUGUUUGAGUCAUGUAAAUUUGACUGUGCCAAGAUCUCAUCUAGCUCUGCAAAACGUUUGAGCAUAGCCGAUUCCUAUUUCAGUGAGACGUCUCGGGUACGUAUCGCUAUCCCGAGUCUUGUUUCUCUGCAGCUGGAUUACUUCCAUGGCAGGACUCCAGUACUUGAGACGAUGCCAUCACUACUUGAUGCAUUUGUUAGAGUCCUGUACUGGACUAAAGACUAUUGCAUUUGGUCUGACUCUGGGGAUUGUGGUCAUGAGAACUGUGAAUCUUGUUAUGGUAUCAAGGACAACAAUUGUGUGCUUUUGGAAGGUUUAUCUGAAGCUAAGACGUUGGGGCUGAUAAGUGAACAUGGAUCGUUUAUUUUGAAAAGGGAUUUGAAAUGGUGCCCAACAUUUACCAAGCUAAAGACUUUGUUACUCAAUGAAUACUGGUGUGUGCCCGAUGAUUUUAGUGCACUAAGUUGCAUUCUUCAACAUGCACCGGUUCUGGGGAAUCUCAUUCUUCAGAUCUAUUCCAAGUUUUUAGUUUUGAGGAAAUCGAGAUUUUGGAAGAAGAUGAAAAUGACCAGGAUGAAGAGGAGGAAGAUGAGGAUGAAGACGAGGACUCUUAUGAAAACCCUUUUGAAGACGAAAAUGAAGACUCUUACAAAGGCGAACAUGAAGACGAAGACAAUGAAGACGAAGACGAAGACGAUGACGAUGAAGACGAAGACGAAGAUGAAGAUGAAGAUGAAGAGUAAGAGGAAGAGGAAGAGAAAAAUGGUUGAUGCACCACUGUUUUGAUUUAUUAAGAAGGUUAAGCUUCCAUGUGCUCACUACCUGGGCUUCCGAGCAGUGGUGGACGCAACUUCAAAAUAUAGAUGGGGCGGAGAAAAGAGAUGUUCACUCGAUAAGAGCAAUUAAACACAACACAUAUCGUAUUUAUAGUUCAAUCGCAUAUAACUGUCUCAAUCAUUGUUUGCGGCGUGCGUAUGUUGUGAAGAAACGAACAUCUAUUGAGUGCUUACACCUUCUUAUACCUAA